AGAGCUCCUAAUGAGUCAUUUAGACAACCUCCGCCGCGGCAGCCACUAGCACCUCAACAACAGUUCCCCUUGCAUCAGCAACACCAGCGCGUGGAGAGGGGCGACGAGGAUGAUGCCAGGUCGGUGACCUCCCGCCCGGUGGCAAUGACACAACCAGAGGGGUUGACUUUGGAGAGGUUGGCAGCUCAAAUGCGGCAACUCCAAGCCCGGGUGCAGGGUAAGAGACCU